AAGAGGCUGAGCCCUUUUGCUGGGAAUACACGUCAGUUUCAGGACUUGCACUCUGAGAUCAAUGAGGGAGGAAGGAGGGGGCAUCACUUCUGCCUUCACUUCUCUCUUCCAGGAAGGAAAAACCGAAAAGAAAACCCCCUCAGAAGACGAGACCCUCGAAAUCCGAAAGACCAGAAGAAGAACCCCCCCCAAGCCGGAUUCUGUACCCCCCCCAACUCCUGGGGUCAGAAGGGGGGGACACUAUGUGCUAACUUGUGGGAGUCACAGGGGGGCGAUGGCACCCGGGAUGUGCCCCCCCUGAUCGUGGCAUUGGGCGCUUUGCUUCUUCCUGGCCAUGUCUUCUGCACAGUUCUGUAUUAAGCAAGAACAGAUCUCGUACUCUCCUCCCGAAAGUCCCGGGCAAAACUCCGCCACCCCAUCCCCCUCCUCUCUCCAUGUCUCCGGGCCGCGCACCUACAGGAUGGAAGAGGAUUCCGUCAGGCUGCCAGGGCACCUACGUCUCCCUCCCUCUCAUUGGUCGCGGGAGGACGUGUCUCAGUGGCUGCGCUGGGCAGAGAACGAAUUCUCACUGCGUCCUAUAGAGAAUAAUUCAUUCGAGAUGAACGGGAAGGCGCUGCUGCUCCUCACCAAGGAGGACUUCCGAUACCGCUGCCCGCACUCAGGUGACGUCCUGUACGAGGUUCUGCAGCACAUCCUGCGACAGAGGAAACCCCGACCGCUGCCCCCGUCUGCGUACCACACUGGAAACUCCAUCCACAGUCACCCCGACAUCAUCCUCCCCCACAACCACCAAGACGAUCACAUCCACCACAGACCGCCCAGGACGCCGUCAGACAUUCAUCCGCAGAAUACUCCCACCAUAGAGCUGCGCCAUCGCUCCCACUCGCCCAUCUCCUCCUCCAACCAUCACCCGUCUCCGGAUCCUGAACCCCGCCCCCUGCGCUCCCCCCUGGACAGCGCCCUCCGCCGCCCGUCCCCCGCUGACCGCCUCCACCGACUGCAGAGUGAAAGUAACCACCACGCUCAGGACGCCUACCCCCUCUCUGUGUCCCCCGCUGAAGCCAACCACUGUCCCGGUGACGCCCUCCCCAAACCCGGCAGCCCCCGGCAGGAGAACCCCCGCGUCAUCCAGCUCAUGCCCAGCCCCAUCAUGCACCCGCUGCUCCUCAACCCCCGGCACCCUGUGGAGUUCAAGACGCCGAGGAUGGGAACGGACGAUGGGGGGCAGCAGCGCGACACCAAACCCAUGAACUUAUCUCACCGAGAGGAGAUGGCGUACAUGAACCACGUCAUGGUGUCCAUCUCUCCGCCCGAAGAGCAGAACAUCCCCAUGGGGAGGAUAGCAGAUUGCCGCCUGCUCUGGGAUUACGUGUACCAGCUCCUGUCUGACACGCGAUACGAGAACUUCAUCCGCUGGGAAGAUAAGGAGUCGAUGGUUUUCCGUAUCAUGGACCCCAAUGGUUUGGCGCGACUCUGGGGCAACCACAAGAACAGAACAAACAUGACCUACGAAAAGAUGUCGCGGGCGCUGCGCCAUUACUACAAGCUGAACAUCAUCCGCAAGGAGCCCGGACAGAGACUACUCUUCAGGUUUAUGAAGACUCCGGAUGAGAUUAUGAGCGGGCGGACGGAUCGGUUAGAACACUUGGAAUCUCAGGAGUUGCUGGACGAGCAGAUGUAUCAGGAGGACGAUUGCUGAUCCGCCAUCUUGUCUCCUUCGGGUUGAGUGUGUGACAUUUUUGGCGCUGGUGCAGGCAGGACAUGGACUGGUUGUAUUGUCUUCCCGCCGCGCCGGUAUAAUACGGGGCCCCGCCCCCACCCGGAAUGGAUUUUUAUCAGCUAACAAUGGGAGAGAAUUGGCGUAAGUGUCCGCAUACUGGUACGGUGACGGCGCCCUCUACGCCAAGACGCGUAAAUAGGUUUUGUUUUAUUGCGGUAGGACUGAGAUUUUUGUAUUUGCACUGGAGAAAGAUUCCGCGGACGACGCACUGUGACCGCCAUCGCCAUCGCCGGACUGAACUUUCUUCAAUCUUUUCUGUAAAAUUUGUAAAUUGCACUAGUGUCAUUUUAACUGCGCUCGGGUCUACACUGCGCCCUCUACAGGUGAUGUCACGUUCAGCAUCAUGGAUGAUGUCAUCAGCACCACUCUGGUGACAUCACCGCCUCUCGUCUGCACGUGCAGCAUCACUUCCUGUUUACACUCUGCAACUUCCUGUCUCCAUCAUCGCGCCUGUUUAUUAUUUUUUUGUAUGUAAAAAAAAAAAAAACCUAAAGUAGUGGUCUUCAA